UACACAUCAUAUUUCAUAUUUAAUGCACAUUAUCUCCAACAGGCACGCAUCUUUGGGACAAUACACUGAAAAUGUAACAUAGAUGCAUUCACUUUUUAGUCUCCUGCUCUAUAAAUAAUGUGUCUGCAAUGAGUGUUGCGAUGCUUUUUAUUUAACAUGUGGCGAGGAAAAAGUGAGUCACAUUAGAAUACAUUAUUAUUAUUAUUAUUCCCACAGCAGUCACCUACAGGAAGGUCUUAUUAAAUGCAAACCCCCCCUUUAAUUCAUGCGCUCGCAUUUACUGGCGCGGCGGCGCAAACACACGCACAUCUGCGCGGAGACGGCAUCGGCAUCUCGCCUGUAGCACCCAGAAGUGAACAGCAGGCGACCCGGAAGGCUUGAAGUGUGGCUGAAAAGCAGGCAGAAAAAGGGAGUCCUGCUCCGUUAGAGAUUUCUGCCUCUUCUCCGCUCGCUGGCGCAGGAUGGCUGAACCUCGCUUUAACAAUCCCUACUUUUGGCCUCCCCCUCCUUCUAUGCCUGGCCAGCUGGAUAACCUAGUCUUGAUCAAUAAAAUCAAGGAGCAGCUAAUGGCAGAGAAGAUCCGGCCACCACACCUGCCCCCUUCUUCAGCCGCCUCCCAGCAGCCUCUGCUGUCUCCCCCUGGCCAGGCCGAAGGCAGCCAACACGGGAUGUCCAAAGGGCAGCAGGGGUCAGGGCUGCACAGUCCAAGCCCCUCUCAGCCUGAUAUCGCCCUGCAUGCCCGCCCUGCCUCCAGCUCUGUCACAGGUCGCAUUCUUGGAGAUGUGAACCUGAAUUUGGAUGACAAGGCAGCUCUGAAAGCCCGUGGACUGUGGGAGGACUGGCACCUGCGUCAGCUGAUAGACCAUCCCUCCAGAACAAACCACGUCUCGGGUGUGGCAUUGGCCUCCAGAACCGGGAACCUCAGCACUUCAGAGAUCAUAACCCCCACAACACCCACCUCAAGCAGCCAUAGUCGGCUAGGUGGAGCCCCUACCCCUCAACUCAUCUCAGGGUUAGCCGGCAGCCAUGGGAUCGAGCCAGGGAAAACCAACGGGGGCUUUGUUGGACUCCUUGGCCCUCCUCCAAAACAGGAACGAGGACGCAAGAAGAUCAAGGCAGAGAACGGGUCGUCGCUUUUAGUGGUGCCAUACCCGAUCCUGGCCUCGGGCAACGAUCAGUCAUGCAUUACCAUCUCUGCAAAAGAGGGGAAAACCUACAGGUGUAAAGUUUGUCCGCUGACCUUCUUCUCCAAGUCGGACAUGCAAAUCCACUCCAAAACGCACACAGAGGCGAAAGCCCACAAGUGUCCUCACUGCACCAAGACCUUUGCGAACGCCUCGUACCUGGCUCAGCACCUGCGCAUCCAUCUGGGCCUCAAGCCGUACCGCUGCUCCUAUUGCGAAAGAUGCUUCCGCCAGCUCUCCCACCUGCAGCAGCACAUCAGAAUCCAUACAGGUGACCGGCCUUACAAAUGCCUCCAUCCAGGAUGUGAGAAAGCUUUUACCCAGCUCUCUAAUUUGCAGUCUCACCAGAGGCAGCACAACAAAGACAAGCCCUUCAAAUGCUCCAACUGUUUCCGUGCCUACUCAGACUCGGCCUCGCUGCAGAUCCACCUCUCCGCGCACGCCAUCAAGAACGCCAAGGCCUACUGCUGCAGCUUGUGCGGCCGGGCAUACACCUCAGAGACGUACCUCAUGAAGCACAUGCCUAAACAUGCCAUGGUGGAGCACGUCGUGUCCCAUCACUCCCCACCGAACAGGACAGAUUCUCCCACUAUCCCCAUACGGAUCUCCCUCAUCUGAGCUCCACAGCCGUCUGCUGGCCUCCCAUCACAGACUCUUACUGCCCCGAUGGACCAUUCCGCUCUGAAAUGGCUUCCACAAAUCAUUUGGAGAAGAGCUGCUCGUCUGACGAGCGUAUUCUUCUUCGCCUGUCUCGCUAAAGAGGAAGUACAGUAUUAACGGGAUCACGCAGAAGUGAUUUCAGCACUUUUCAGGCCUGACACUGACGGGCCGAAGAUUUGUUUUUAUAGGACUUAAACAAGUAUUGCUCCAGGCAGCUACAUAGAAAAUCUUUUUAAGCUUUCUGUCAUACAUAUGUUUUUUUUUUUUUUUUUUUUUUUUUUUAUACACCGCUUUAAUUAACGGCCAUUAAGUCAUAUAUUAUCAUCUGAAAUAGUCUUCCAUUGUCCACAGAUUCAGGCAACCGUGCUGGUGUGUAAAACGCCUUAAAUUAAAUCCGUCUUUUGUUACUGCAGCAUCAUUUAACACUGAAAAUUUGAGAAAAAUCCCAGCAGAGUACAAAAAAGAAAGCCCGUGUUAUGAAAUAAUAAACAAAUUCACUGUUGCCGAAUUAAUAUCUUUCAAAUGAAAUUAACUGAAACGUGUUUUUAAUUUCUAAGUUACUUUUAAGCGGAUCAAAAGCUUGUUCGGAAAAGCUUGAUGAUUUUUGGGUUUCUUCGGAUAUAAAUCUUGUGUUGUGCCACAAGAAAGCCUCACCUGUCCCACACAAACACAUGUAGACAUGUAGAGUCUGCUAAACACGGCUGGGACUUGAACUAUAUGCUUUAGUCAGUGUCACGUUUUGAAAUACCAGCAAAUCGGUCGACUUUACCAGACAAUUAAAAAUGAGUCGUCGUUCAGCGAUGACCCAGAGAACAAGACCCAACUAGAGCCUGACAUCGCAAAUCAGCUUAUGCUAGAAAUAUUGUUUGGCAUCUGUUGAAGCUGCAAACUUUUCUCUAAGAAAUGAAUAAACUAAUAAAUCUAGUACAGUUGAGCUUUAUUUGGCAUUUAAAUAAGCACUUUAGGCGGAGGCAAAAAAGUUCUUAUUGUCCCCUGAGCUAAAUGUGUCUGGAAUAUCUAGAGGGAAUUUAAAAUAGAAAUUGUCAAAGGUCCCUCUAUCUAUGGGCUCCAACUUUGUGAAGUAUUAAGUGGAAAAGACUAAGGGUUGUACAAAGUAUUAACAACGAAGGUGUUAAAGAGUGUCCCUCUUGGGAUUCUAUUAAAAUAAUAAUUUCUUGGUGUUUUUUUUUUUUAGGGCGUACCCUGCCUCUUGCCCAAUAACCGCUGGAAAUAGGCACCAGCAAUCCUGCACGUAUUAAAAAGAUGACAGAUGGGACUUAUCAGUGAUAAAUGUCUAGUUAAAGGCUGGAUUUUUCACAUUUUUUCUGUGUUGAUUAUGCUACCGCACACAAAGAGUUAACUUCUCUUAAGGUUUAUUUACACAUCUUUAAGAUGGAUUGUCAGCAUAUUUGUCCGUGUCGAAAAGUUAAUAUAAAAAUGUAGGUUUGUGUGUUCAUGUGUGUUUUAACACUAAUGCAUUCAUCACUAUGUGUCAGUAUGUUCAGUUCCGGUGACGUCCACCUUUUUGCCUAUCGAUAAUUCGAUUAAACUCUACUUACAAUCAUCUGAAAAAACUAAAGUUGGUGAUAGUUGAGUUAUUCACAUCACUGCAAUCAUUGAUAGAAGCAUUGAUCGUCUUAUUCGGCAAGGAAAGGCCAGUCACUCCUGUCUAUGUGGUUUCCCUUUUUACUAAAAUAAAGCUUUGUGGGCGUUUUUUCUAAAUAGAUGAUAUCCACUUUUAAAAAUCCGCUUUAAAAAAGCACACUUGGUUGCUUUUUUUUUCAUUUCACCUCAUUUUCUGUGCUCUGUUGACACAAUAGUUACAAAAGUGGAUGUGAGGUUUUACCAGCAAAGUACCUGUUUUUUUUUAACUUGCUCUGACCUCAUAGCUCUGAAAGGCCUGUGCAUAUUAGCUUAUGUGACACAUCUGCUAAUUUUUAGCUCAUUCAAUUUGCGUAAUUCUGGUUCAGAAAUAUGACUUUGGUUAAACAUUUUCUAGGAAAGCCAUUUGCAUCUUAAAUACGCUGGACCCAAAAUUGUUCCUCUUCGGUUUCUCUCUGCAGCUGGGAUGAAAGGUCCAUGUGUUAUAUCUUUGGGAAAAGAUAUAACAUUGUCAUUAAUCUGUUAUUCGAUAUAUUUGCAAACAAAUGUAUGCAAAUGAAAAGCAUGUGCAUACAUUUGUUUGCUUUGCAUUAGAAUGAAUGGACGUUUGUCCUCCCAUACUACUUUGUUAAGUCUUUGGUUAGAAAGCAUUAUCUGGAUCUGAGCUGCCGGAAAAUUACCUUCUUUAAGCCCUUUUCUGAGCAUAGCUGUUUAAACCUAAGUGAGGUUUUAUGAAUGAUAAAAAGACAAACUCUGUUUCAUAAUUUAGGCCCCAAAGUCUUUGUGGUUUUAUUCCUGGUCACCAAAGGUUUUCUCCAGGAAGCACCUGUUAUGCAAAGUAAUGGUUUUGGUGUCUUGUUUUAUUGACGAUAGGCACCUAACAAUGCAAAUAGCUGCCCUGGUUUAUGCCGCCUCCACAGGGUCAUCGAUGAGUGAUUUUUCUUUAAGCAUCAGUGGUCUUUGGAAAUCUUUAAUUCACUUUGAUCUCAUUCACAGUUAAAUUGCCCUUUUUUUUUUUUUUUUUUUUUUACUAAAGCCCCAUUUAUUUAUUGAUCUUUCUUUUUGUUCUAGGGUUAUGUAUGCUUUAUGUUUGUGUUAAGGUGCAUAGGCUAUAUCCAUAAAUAUUAUUUUUAUUUGGCUCAUGUUUUAUUUCAAGUUUGUCAAAAAGUCUACAGUUUCCAGGAGGUGGACUUACUUUUCAGUGACAUGUUUUGCAGUAUUAUUGACUCAAUUAUAUAGUGACCGAUAGUAAAGUUUUUCACAAAAAAGCUAAAUGAUCCAUCUUCUCUCCUGAAUCUAAAUCAUGACCAAGAACAUGAGAGGUGUUGGAUUAAAUAAAGGGAUCAAUAAUGUGUUUCCUAAAACAACUGAUCUUGAUUCUUAUUGAUACUUUGUUUCUUUGUGUGUGUUGGUCACUAUUGUAAAAAAAAAAAUCGUACAAGAACACAUGAUCACUGCAUUCUCACCAUAUACAUAUAUUUUAUGGACCAGUUAAACAUUACCAUGAUCCUUGUCAAGAGUUAUGAGAUAUUACGGUUUGCGGUUGCAAUCUGAGGUGAAUGCAUCAAACAGGAAGUUUUCCAUUGAUUUAUAAAUGCAUACUUUGCUAUUUUAUAAGCAUUUAAGGCCUUAACUUUGUGUACAACUCCUGGAUUUGUUUGUAACUUACUUAACAUUAGUCUUUUAUGUCAGAGCAUGAUAAAUACUGUAAAUAAACUACUAACCGUCAAAGCAUUUCACAA